CAUUUCAAGAAGGCGAUUUUUCUCGUGGAAUAUAUUUGUAUAUGAACAGAUUAUCAGUUUCAUGUGAAUUCUUAUGGUAUAAAAGAAAUGGACACGCCUACCAGCCAUGGGGUUGAGGCCCCUGGAGUGGGGAUAGGAAACUCUAGUCAGGGAUACAACACUGCAAUUCAUCUCCAGGAAAACUAUAAUAUGCUUCAUGGAGUGAUGGAGCAGUCCUAUUCCCAAGCCAUGCCCAGCCGGAUGUCCGAUGAGUCCAGAACAGGACCAUUGGGACCUCAUUCUGAGGAAGAGUCACUGUGGUCUGGCAGUGUUGGUCAGCACCCAAGUGAUGACGUCAUGAGGAAUGGCAAUGUUGUGCCACGCCCAGGCGAAGAAAGUCUUAUGGUGGGAAAUAUAAUGAAUAUGACUCAGCGCUCAGGUGAUGAAGGCAUACGGACAAAUACUUUGGGACCUCGAGCGGGUGAAGAAAGCAUUAGAAUUAGCAAUAUGGGACUUCACACAUCAUGUGAGGAUGGUAUGAGGGUGGAGGGACAUGGAGCACAGAGACAGACAAUUCACUCUCCAAGACAUGGAAAUAUGUUACUGUCUGGCCAUCCAGCUGUGACACAGCGUAAUGCCCCUGUGCACUUUUACAUGGAAGAUGGAACUGGAUCUAUCAACAGUUCCAUCACACAACAGAACUCUGCUAGUCUUUCUUCCCACAAUGAUUUAAACAAUAUUCCUCCUGGCUCAAAGGGUGCCACUCUGAUACCAGGUUCCCAUGACAACAUGAUGGUUGCCAGCGUAGCUAGAGGUGCUUCCUUACCAGGUCAACAAGCUCCAGAUUUAACUCAUCGUCUACCUCAACACACAGGAGGAGGAAGUAAGUCUGAGGGUGUCGAGGUGGAGCGUGGGGAUGAUGGUAGUCUUAAAUCAGCAGCCAAAGACUACACCGAAAGAAAUCUGCCACGCGAACUCAUGGGAAAGAUGUUUGGUCUCCUUAAAGAGGGAAUGUUCUGUGAUGCAGUCAUUCUAGCUGGCAAUAAGGAAAUCAGGGUACACAAGAUGGUGCUUAUUGCAGCCAGUCCUUUUCUGCUGUCCAAGGUGUCUAAAACUACACCCAGUACUUCACUGCGUGUUGAACUCCCAAUGGGCAUUCCCCUACAGGUAGCUUCACAGCUUGUUCACUACCUGUACGAUGGCAAGAUCACUCUUACAACUGACAAUGUGUCACAAUUUGCACGUGUGGCUAAUCUGUUUAAAUUGGAACACCUGUACAACAUUUGUGAGGAUUUCAUUGACUGCUUUAACCUGAACGAGUCGUUGCUUAAUGUUAUGGAGGAAGAUAUCAGUGUAUCUGCCACUGAGCCAAGAUCAUCACCUGUUGCUCUGAAAAAGCGGCACCUCAAGCUCAGUGUGGAGGAAAAUAUGGUGGAAACAGAAGUCUCAGAGGUGACAGAAAAAACAGAAAUCACUGAAAGUAAUAUGGUUUCUCAACAAAAACCACCAGCAUUACCUUUACAGCCAAAACUUGUGUGUACUAAAGGGAAAAACUCCAGUAAGAAAACACCAAAAAAACCCACAAAACUGAAACAAGAGGAAAUUGUGUCACCUCCAAUAGAGACACCUGUUCACAAGGUAUCACAUCUUUAUGGCACUCGAGCAGCAUCUGCUGCAAAAGUGUUCAAACAGGUUACAGAGACAGAUGAGAGUGGAGGGGCCACAACAUAUCAAGGGAAACCAGGAAUGUAUCCAAUGGAGGAUAAGGAAGUAGCUGUACCACAGAGAGAAGUCAAAGACAUCUCACCUACCAAACUACCAAGCCCAGGCAAACAUACAGAUCUGGUCAGCAAAACGUUCGAAGUGGACAAAGAUAUGGGAAAAGAUGAGAAUGAGGAUGGUGAUGAAGAAGAUGAGGAAACAGAUGACAGUGAUGAGGAUUACCAAGAGGACAGUACUACUGGAAAGUUCAAACAACUAAAACAGGCAUCUAAAAGCCUCAAGAAAUUGCAGUCUAAAAAAGGACGACAAAAGAAAACACCAGUUCCUCCAGCACCUAAACAAGAUAUUCCAUUGAGACCACCCCCAAAGAAAAGAGCCAGAGAGUUUGCCAAAUCUGAAGAGGAUAAAAUACUUCAAGACAUGGAAUGUAAAUUAGACUUGUCAGUAUUAGAUAUGUCAGCAUCUUUGACACCUGAAUUAACAGCCAAAAAGAAACCUGUGUCUAAGAAAAUAAAGAAGAAGAGGAAAAAGCAGUCGUUUGGUACUAUUCUCAAGAGUGUGGUUACAAGUGCAAUCGCUGAGCUGGACAGAAAUGCAGAACUCAUCCCAGAGAGUGAACGUCAAUUUAAGUGUAAACUCUGUGGAAAUGAAUUUGUAUUUCCUAAACGAAGCAUUACUCAUUUGAUAAACACACAUGAAAUUUCCCCAGAUGACGUUUUGAGCUAUAUUACAAUACGUAAGUUUGAAAAAUCCCCAAGGGUUUGUGAUAUUUGUGGGUAUGAGACCAAAGAGCCAAACUUCUAUUACAUCCAUUAUCACAAGUACUUUAGACAUGGCAUUCCACUACCGAAAGGCUGGAAACCAUUCACAUGUGACAUUUGUGGAAAGGAAUGUUUUACAAAGUUUCAGCUGAAAGACCACAAACUCAUACACCGUGAACAAACACCAUUUAUUUGUGAAAAGUGUGGUCAAGGUUUUAAAAGUCGAACAUGUCUCAAUAGCCAUGUGUUUCAUCGUCACAAUUCUGUUAGGAAACAUGAUUGUACUGAUUGUGAAAAGUCAUUUAAGACAAAAACACAGCUAAUGGUACAUCAUCGUAUACAUACCGGAGAAAAACCGUUUCACUGCCCUGACUGCGACUACAAGAGCACCACUCGUGGGAACAUGAGACUCCAUCUCACCAACAAACACAAAUACGAUUCACAAGAUAUUAAGUGUAUGAUGUACCAGAUUAAGACGCUUAGUAAGGCAUAUGAAAUGCAGAGUCUGCCCCAAGAACUCAUUGCAAAUACUAAUCUUCAGACGGAAGAAACCAACCUACUUAAUGUUGCUGACAAGAGGCCAGUGGAGGAGCAUGUGGGAAUGCAUCUGCCAACAAGUGUGAUAGAUAGUGAUGUCACCAAGUCAUCUCAGCGGGAGGAUACAUUUUCCAAUCUGAGCAACAUCCUUGUAGCCAAUCAACAGGGCCAGGCUAGUCAGCUUAUCUACACGGAUGAAAACCUUACUAAUCGACACAUUAUAUUGCAGUCAUACAAUGGCCAGCAAUUGGUGACAGGAGAGUUACAACAAAGUCAGACAACUGCUGGUGUUGAAGGACAAGAUGCUCAGACAGCACAGAUUCCAGUGUUACUUCAGCCAGUGCAAGGUAGUGAGCAACUGGCAGGACACUUUCUGGUACAGACACACCAUGGAGGACAAAGCACAGUCCAGCUUCUGAGUACAGCAGAUGGCCAAAUUACACAAGAUCCAAGAGGCCAAGAGGCCCACAUAUUGGUACAAGAUUCCCAAGGCUUGCUCCAGGACACAAGUAUCACUUCUGAGCAGGUUCUAAUCACAGACCAAGAACAACUCAACCUUUCUACUAACCGACGUCAAAGUCACGACCAGAUCAUGUAUGUGGAGCGACCAGCCAACGAGAUGGUACAACAGGAUCAGCUAAUUAUAACCCCAGAUAAAAAUGCAUCUGUGCACGAAAAUUCAGGACAUUCUACCACAGAGCUUCAAAAUGUAUCUCCGCGGCUCAUGAUUGAUGUAAGUCAACAAGUUCACAUUCAGAUUCACACAGGGACAGCAGUUGCCAUGGAAACUGAUUCCCAUGGACAGGUUCCAGAGAGACAGGUGCGCAUUCAGGAUUCUCAGGCCCUGUUGAUGGCAGAGCGACCACCAGUCACACUUGUCCAACAGGCUCUCAACAUGCAGGACAGGGCCAAGGAUACCAUACAACCAAAACAUGAAGGGCAAACCUCUGUGUCAACGUCUCUUGAAUCAUACCAACAGGUUGCUUUACCUGUUACUUCUGAAAUUCCACUGACAACAUAUGUGGUGAACUCUCAGAAUACUAAUACUGAGUCUCAGGGUCAGUUAGUUCAGAGUCCUUCUAAUACCCAUGGUCUACCCACAACCCAAGCCCAGGGACUGCCCGAUUCGCCUACUCCUCAACCCUCACAGGGCUACAGUGAUAACACACUGUACCAGUAUUAUCACCAACCAUUCAACAACUUUUGAUCUCGCUUGGUGUUCUGCUCCCUAAUUUAUUGUCUAAAGUGGAAACUAUUAAUUCCAACAUGCUCAGUUACCAGUUUCCAGUAUAGACUCGUGACAAUAAGGUAAACUUCUGCUUCCUGUUUUAUUUUAUAUGUAGCUGAAAUGCAAAAUUUUUCUGAUGGAAAAAGUCCCAGUCAAUUCAAUGCAGAUCAGUGUUCUUUGUUGUGUCACUUAAACUUGUCUUCUGUUUUAAAUGUGUCAGAGAUUUUGCCACUUAUGUUGCAUAAAGAAUUUGUGUCAAACAUUAGAAUUUUUGUUUUUGUAUAUCAUUUGGAAAAUUAGAAAUAACUGAAAGACACACUUGAGUCAACUUCCACCUUGUUUAAUUUCUUUGUUACUUUCAUGGUCUGAUUGUCACAAAUAUUGACAGUCCAGUCAAAUUGAAGUUGCAUUGUGCCCCAAGGAUAAACAUGAAAUACUAGUAUUCUGUUUACUAAUGAUGUUUGAAAAAAUAUUAUGGAAAAAUUAAGGUGUAUUUUCAUACCAGAACCCUUCAACAGGUUAUCUUUCAGUGUUCAUUUUGAGCAUUAGAUAAAGAUGUUAUCACAUAUUCUACAUUUAAUUUUUAUAACUCUAACCUGUACCUGAAUUUCAGAUCUGAAAAACUAUCGAGAUGGCUAGUUUCUCAAGUACCACUGAUUAUAGAACUGGAUAUGUUUGUUUGCGGAUAUCAAAGACCACUAAAAGUAACAUUAAACUAGAAUUAUUCUGUCCAAAUUACAUACUGUUGCAUAUCCUUUAUUUGCACUAUGGUAUCUAUCCAACUACAAACCAGUAAUAAGCCCACUCCAUAUUUUGAGUCAGUGGCCAUGUGUUAGCCCCUUGAGGUCCAGUAACAAGCCAACCAACAACUUUGAGUUGGAAGUAAUGUGUUCAUAGAAGUAAAUGAUUUGGAAGUUGAGUACAUGUUUUUGAUAAAAAGUGAGAAUACAAAAUGCUUUCACACUUUUGUUGAUGGUCUUACUCGAUAUAACCUAGAUGAAAUAUUUUGUAUUGUACAAGAAACUUUAUAAUUACAUAUUAAAUAAAAACUGUUGAAGUGCUUCGUUGUAAAUAGAGGAAAUUAUGGAACUGGAUAUAUAGUUUAAUUGAGGACAUAAAAGACCAAUCUCUCUCACAAUGUAUUGCAGUAACUGUUAUCCACUGUGGCAGAGAUUGUUCAAAAGCAAAGACAUAUUUGGUAUUUGAUGAUGUGGCACUAUAUUAAGUACUGAUAUUCUGCUGUCUUGUAUCCCAAUAAUAAGAUAUUGUGUUUCCUCUUUGCACAAGCGAUAAUUAAGCAAUAUUUGACAGAAAUUGAAAUGAUAUACAAAUGAUUGAUAAUAUAGCCUGAUGAUAUGGAUGACAGGAUUCAAACCGUGAUAACUUUAUUUGAGAUUGCAACUCCUUUUAUAUAUCCCAAGGGUCAGACUUAAGGUUGUCUAAUGACAUGGACUAAAGUAAUGCAAAGAAUGUUACUGAAAUAAUUUUAAUCACUGAAUAAUAAUUGAUAUUCAUAUAUAUGUGUCAUGGAGAAAAGGAAAACUAAGCUGAGAUAUAAAAACUCCACAAAUCUUGGUUGUAAUCUACAAAACCCCUUGCCCUCAGGUUUAAAAUGUUCCAAUUACGCAUCAUCAUUCAUUACCUAAAGACCUAUUCCUGGGUAACAAUGUGUUGGGUGAUGAAUUGAUAUUGUGUUUGUGUGCCAAUAUA